GUUUAGGGUAGUGUUGGAGAGAGCCGUUGCAGGAUUGCAGGAAUCACGACAUUGGAGUAAGACCCGCCCAAUACUGGGACUUAACACACCAGUAUCAAGUAAUACAGCUGUUGGAUUUCACAUAGACUUACGUGCUUUCUCUGUUUGAUUACAGUCAACUUCCCUGAUUGAUUACAGAAUACAGCCAUAUCUAAUGGACGCAGCCGGUUUGUUCUUGUACGCAUGUACGGUAGUGCUGAUCACUAUUGUCAACAACGCAUGCGCAAUACCAAUCACGUGCGAACAACUGUGUUCGAGAGUGACAGACGAACAGAGUCAGAUCUAUAGAGUGUGCGGCUGUGGCGUCAUGACACAAGACAAAAGACAGAUAUCAGGUGCCGUACUAGACGAACUUCUGGCUUUGAUCAGAUUUUUCGAAAAAACCCAUCCUCGGCCCGUGACAACACCACCACCAACAACAACACUAGAACCGACCCCUGACAUCUGCGAUACGUUGUGUCGGUUACAACUCGGCGGCCACGCAUGUCACUGCAGUAUGCCCGGUUUUCCUGGCCGGAAGUGAAGUAUAUACCGCUUGCGGAAGUGACGUAUAUACUGCCUGUGUCUUAAAUGCACUCGUUCCCCACUUGUAUCCACUGUUAAACCUAGUUAAUAAACGGGUGGUGGA